AUGGAUAGCAUUGAUGAGUACACAGGCUUUGUGACCACAGGCAGUAAAUUUGAUGCUCAUGCCGACGAUCCAUGGAUCCUUCAACUUUGCCAAGCCCUCAAACAUUUGCACCUUAUGAACAAGAAGAUUCUGGGCAUAUGCCUUGGCCACCAGGUUUUGGCUCGUACAUUAGGAGGUUCAACAGGAAGAGCUCCAAUUGGAUUUAACCUUGGUUUAACCAUUGCUAACCUCAACACUAAGAAAAUCAAGGAACUUUUUGGGCUGGAACUAACUUCACAAGUAAACGUCAUUAAGAUACAUCAAGAUCAGGUCAUGCGCCUUCCUCCGGAUGCUUUGAUUCUUGGGUCUUCAAAGAAAACCGGAGUAGAAAUGUUUUCAAUUGGAAAAAAUAUUCUUGGCAUCCAGUUCCAUCCUGAGUUUACAAAGGAUUUUGCAAGAGAAAUCACAAAUUAUCUCCUUAUGCACAGCAAAAUUAGUGCUGAGAUUGCAAGGGACAGCAUCCAAAGUCUUGAACAAGCUGAAAUGGACCAAUUUGUCAUAAACAAGUUGUGCAAGACCUUCUUGAAAGGCCAUCCCAAAAGUUCUCUCACCACGGCAUUCACUUCGGAGCAUGAAGCCUAA